AUGCUUUUAACCAAGAUCCUAGUUUCCUUACAACUCUUACACUAUUAUGGUAUUUCAGCGUACUCCGUUCCAAAAUCUCCAAAUAUUCUGGUUAAGAGGGCACCCAUGGAUCGGUUUUUCGAGAUCUUUACCGGGUGGAGAAGUGCACCAGACUUAAGCUCUGCUCGAGAAAUUCAACCUGGUCGAGAAGCUGAAAAUAUUGGAGAACUUCAAGCUGGAGGAUCAGACGUCCGUAAAGGAUUGAAACUAGCCGACGAGACUCGUUCAGAGAAAUUCAGACCCAUCGAACCAACCCACGUGAUAGAAGAAAGACUCCAGUCUGAGUUUCUUGAUAAAAGCCUUGAAGAUUUGUGGAUAGAAAAUUCAUCUGAACCAAAAAAAAGAGAAAUGUCAAAAAUUAUGAAAGAAAAUUUUGAAUAUAUUCGAAAAUAUACAAAUGGUGAAAGUGGUGAAUAUUUAGAAGGAGAAGUCCAGGAUUUUUAUAAAUCAAUGUCGUCCAGACAGGGUAUCAUGGCUUUUUACACCUCAAGUGAUGAAAAAAUGAAAAAACUUUCCAUAGAUUUCCUCAAUCAAAGUCUUGAAUCUUUAGGAAAGCAGUUGAGUAACAAAGACAGGGGGAAAGUUUUGAAUACCAUACAGGGAAGACUUGCCAAACACAUUCAAGAAAAAACAUAUGAUGAACAACUAAGCGGCUUAAUAUCAAAUUUGAUAAAGAAUAAGAAAGUGAAACUGCAUGCCAAUGAACCGGAUGAAGACCCAAUCUUAACUGAAGUGCAAACACAAAUGCUAUUCAGGAUUCGUGACGAUAAAUUUCUCCCUGAUGGCAAAAAAAUGAAGACAAGCCAAGGAGUGAAUUAUCUUGGAAAUUAUGAAGAGUUACUUCAUCAGAUGUCAGUGGCUGAAUGGUCGUUAUUUGGAAAACUUUUGUCAUAUAGGAAAGACAUUAACAAACUGAACAGUGAAGAGGAAAUUCGGCCACUAGCAGAGGAAUUAAUGGAAAUUCUGCCAAAUUCAGAAGAGAAGAAAGCAAUGUUGGAUGCGGUGCAAUAUGUUGAUCUUCUUGACAAGACUGAAAAUCUUAGAAUCAUUCCUAAAAACACAUUGAAAGAUCUCAGUUAUGAUGAUCAUCAAAUACUUCAGGAUUUUGCAGUUGCCCAACUUGGUCAUACUAUGAGGAUUAAAUAUCAAUAG